UUCUAGACACACAUCCGGUGACGUCAUAUCUUAUUUACUGUAGCAGCGAUUCGAAGACACUUUUCUUCAGUGUCUUAUCAAACAAAAACAUGUCUAUAUUCACUCCAACAAACCAGAUCCGACUGACCAACGUCGCCGUGGUUCGGAUGAAGAAGGGCGGGAAGCGGUUUGAAAUCGCUUGUUACAAAAAUAAAGUAAUGAGCUGGAGAUCAGGCGCAGAGAAAGACCUGGACGAGGUGCUGCAGACACACUCUGUUUUUGUCAAUGUCUCCAAAGGUCAGAUGGCGAAGAAGGAUGACCUGGUCAAAGCUUUUGGAACAGGUGAUCAAACAGAAAUCUGCAAACAGAUUUUGUCCAAAGGGGAACUCCAGGUGUCUGACAAGGAGAGGCAGAGCCAGCUGGAGACCAUGUUCAGAGACAUCGCCUCCAUCGUGGCGGAGAAGUGUGUGAAUCCAGACACUAAGAGGCCUUACACAGUCAGCCUGAUCGAGCGAGCGAUGAAGGACAUCCACUACUCUGUGAAGCCCAACAAGAGCACCAAGCAGCAGGCCCUGGAAGUGAUCCGGCAGCUGAAGGAGACCAUGGAGAUCCAGAGAGCCCACAUGCGGCUGCGGCUGGCGGUGCCGGCCAAGGAGGCCAAGAGGCUGAGGGAGAAGCUGAAGCCGCUGCUGCAGGUGGUGGAGAGCGAGGAGUUCGACGAAGAGCUGGAAAUGGUGGUUCUGGUGGAUCCCGGCUGCUUCAGGGAGAUCGAUGAGCUGAUCCGCUGUGAGACCAAAGGCCGAGGUUCUCUGGAGGUGCUGAGCCUGAAGGACGUGGAGGAAGGAGACGAGAAGCUAUAGGAGCUGAUUCACUUCUGAUUCACUAAAACUCCUACAGAGACACAGUUUGCUGUCUAACUCACCUUAUUUCAGCCUUUAACGCAGCAGCCACACUUAAAAGAAACUCUCACUAACCUCACUGCUGCUUUUUAUCUGAUGGCAGCCUUCAGCAUUCAAAUGUAAAAAACUAAAGUCAGCAAUUAGCUCUGACAUAUAUGUUAUUAUUUAUUAUUUCCCUGUCCUGUGUGCACAUCUUUGACUCCUUCCUUAUCUUCAAAGGCCCAGAGGUAAAUAUUUAUCUCCAACAAUUAGUCCUCCUCUGCAGCUAAACAGAAAGAAACCUGAUGGUUUUCUGUCGACUGGGAUUUUACUGACAUAAAAUAAUUAUAAAUAUUCACACAAUCUGUCACUUUUCCUGGCAGCCAAAUAGAAAUAAAUUAGUUUUAUUAUUACAGUCUUUAAUAUAAUGUUGAGACAUUAUUGUUUCUGAAAAUAUCACCUUAGAAAUAUAACUGAAGGUGUUGGUUUUUUUCCGUGAACAGUUUUCCUGAGGCAUAACGGCACGUUUCUUUUAGCCGCUUUUCAAAAUGGGAAAGACUGGUAUACAUGGCAUUUAGGUUUGGUUUUAUGUAAUCAAAAUCAAAUUGGUGGGUCACUGGGUUUCCAUAGCAACCAUGUACUUCACAGAUUUUGUCCUAUCAUCACAAACAGAAAUGGAGUAUUUGGUGUUUUCUACAUUAGAACUGUGUGAAAAAGGCUGAAUGUGUGGAAAAGGAACUCAGAUUUAUCAUAAUAAGCAUGGCGGAGGAUCUGUCAUGCUGUGGGUCUGUUUGCAAAAGUGUGACACCAUUAACUCGAUAAAUAAAUAAAUGCCUUUAGACUGAAAA